UCCAGUUUGAUUUCAUCUUUCUGAUUCAUUGGAAAUGCGUAGACUGACUGGUAGAAGUACGUCUCAUAUUAAAUAGUUGAUUUAGAUUUGUUCCCUUCAGUUCCGCUUAGACCACGCAAUAGCGAUUUAGAUUUGUUCCCUUCAGUUCCACUUAGAAGACGCAAUAGCAAAAGAUGGGAGGUGGUCGCAACAAGAAAGGCAAGGGGAAGGGCAAGGGCCGUAAGCAGGCGCAGCACGCCCGUGUGAUGACGCCGGGCGUCCUGAUAACAGCCACGCAGCCCUCCAUGCUGGCAAAAGCAGCUGGCGAGGCCUUGGAUAUGCUCAAUGCGCAAACUGAUAGCAUGUUUAACGGGAACACUUGUACAACGAGAAAGCGAGUACAAGAUGAAGACGACGGCUCCUCUUCAUCACCGGCAGCAAAGCGACAAAGAGGUAGCGGCGACGAUGGCGACUGUAGGGGAGAUGAUUCCUUUGGUGGCGGUCUCUCGGGAGACUUGGCGGCGGAACUAGCAGCCGAGGUGGACGAGAUCAAGGUGCAUCGAAAGAAACAACAGACGAAAGGAUGGCGCUUUCAGAUGAAUUUCGACACCAUUGCAAAAGGGGUUGCUUUUCUCCACGCUCCGGAGUACGAUGUUCCACGAGAGCAGCGAACAGAGUUGCAGGAACAACGUGAACAGCUAGCAGCCGCAGCAGCUGCUGCUGCUGCAUCUACUAGCAAUGCUGCUCAGCAAGUUACUAGCGCCUGCUCAACAUCUGGUGGUGAUGAAAGCAGACCUGAUGGAAGUACUAAGGCUCCUGAAAAAGUAGUUGGUGAGUCUUCUGUUGAUGUUAAAGUCCCACAAAAUAACGCAGCAGCCGCAGAGGCAGAGGAGCAAGAGCAUCUCCCUCCACACAUCCUGCAGAAGCGGAGAGAGGCAGCGAGGAAGCACAGGAUUCGCCGUCUCCCUUGGAAUCGGCCUUCGACUGUUGCGGAAGUGAUCUUUUCGGCAACUACGGAAGGUAGUAAGUAUGUCAUCCGCAUGACUCCGAUAGACCACGUCUGUACACCCCACUUAAGCAAUUUUGAAGACCUCUUGCGCAAGGUCUUACCCGAAACGUUUGGGUCGGACGAAAUAAAAGAGGCAUAUGGAGGCAAGAAGGACGAAGCAGCUGUACAAAAAACUCAGAAUGAGGAACAAGCGAAGAGCGGCUCAUCUUCUCGUGCGGCAGGUGAAGAAAACAAGGAAGCAAGGAGCAGUUCUUCUAUUGCGGCAGUUGAAGGAAGCACGGGACCAGAAAACAAGGAGUCCUCCUCUGCGUCUGGUGCAGUUUCUGCUGCAGCAACUACGUCUUCGGUGUGGCAGAACAAGACAUGGUCUCUCGAUUUCCGCAGACACCAUUGCAAUAAGCUGAGCAAAGAAGAUUGCCUGGACCUGUUGAAGAAACACAUGCCAUCGUCGAUGCGUGUCGAUGUGAGCGAGCCUGAUUUCCUCGUAGUCGUGGAAAUUACUCCGACUUUCUUGGGCUUUUCGCUCCUGGAGGACGUCAAGACGCGUUUUCGUGGCGAUUUUCGGCUCUUCAAAGAGCCGCAAGAGCAAGGUGAUGAGGAGGAAGGAGAUGACGCGGUGGACAACGUGGAGAGUAACUACGACAGCAGCGACGAAAAUGUAUUGGCCGAUGAUGCAGACAUUGCUGCGAAGCAAGAGGAGGCUUGUAAAGAGGAGACAGCAGACAGCAAUGUCAUGGCUGAUAGCAAUAGCAGUGGUCGUCCUGCUGAUGAGUAGUCGUUCUAGUGGUCGUGCUGAUGAUAAUAACUUAAUAAUCUACCCAGUCAUGGGGUACGUACAGUUGUGGGAAAAGGGGAUUGUACGGUUGCAGGGAGAUGGGGUUACCUUGUUCUUUUUCACCUUGUCGUGUCGUCAGUUGUGGCGCUGUUCCUUAUGCUGACACAAAGAUGAUCACUACUUACCCAAGAACGUGCAAAAAAUCCUCUUACGCCUUGAACGAAGAUGUACCCAACCUUUUUACGCCUUGAAAACAUGAUGUGUUACCCACACAGUGACAGACAAAUCGCAAUUGAUGUGACCUCACACAGUGAUAGACGUAUCGCAGACGUAUCGCAAUUUGUGUCUUGAUAUUUGAUCGUUUGACGGUCGCGUGCUAAGCAAAACCGCG